GCAGCGCACUGAUAAGAUCACACAGCUUGCAAUUCUACGCUGUCAUCUGAAUUCAACACCAGCUGUCUUUACUCUGGUCCCUGCAAGAUGCCAGCAGCCCUUGCAGAGAACAGCCAGGUUAUCUGUGAAGUAUGGGCGAACAAUCUGGAAGAAGAGAUGAGGAAAAUUCGAGAGAUUGUUCUAAGUUACAGCUACAUUGCAAUGGACACAGAGUUUCCUGGAGUUGUUGUAAGGCCGAUUGGUGAAUUCCGCAGUUCCAUAGACUAUCAAUACCAGCUCCUUCGGUGUAACGUUGACCUUCUGAAAAUUAUCCAGCUGGGUCUGACUUUCACAAAUGAGAAAGGAGAAUAUCCUUCCGGCAUCAACACCUGGCAGUUUAACUUUAAAUUCAACCUUACCGAGGACAUGUACUCUCAGGAUUCCAUAGACCUCCUUGCCAGCUCUGGGCUGCAGUUCCAGAAGCAUGAAGAAGAAGGAAUCGAUACCCUGCAUUUUGCCGAGUUGCUUAUGACAUCUGGGGUCGUCCUUAGUGACAGUGUGAAAUGGCUGUCCUUCCACAGUGGUUAUGACUUUGGCUACAUGGUGAAGCUGUUGACAGAUUCCAGGUUACCAGAAGAGGAACAUGAAUUUUUCCAUAUCUUGAACCUUUUCUUCCCAUCUAUCUAUGAUGUAAAGUACUUAAUGAAGAGCUGCAAAAACCUCAAGGGUGGCCUUCAAGAAGUGGCAGAUCAGCUGGAUUUGCAGCGAAUUGGACGACAACACCAGGCAGGAUCGGACUCUCUUCUCACGGGAAUGGCAUUCUUCAGAAUGAAAGAGUUGUUUUUUGAGGAUACAAUUGAUGAUGCAAAGUAUUGUGGGCGGCUGUAUGGCCUUGGCACAGGAGUGGCUCAGAAACAAAAUGAAGAUGUGGACUCGGCCCAAGAGAAAAUGAGCAUUUUGGCUAUUAUCAACAACAUGCAGCCGUGAUAAGCGGUACCCCUCAGCAGAACAUGGUUACCAUAUUGGCAGCUGCUGUCUUCAACCAUUUUCCCUAAUAGUGUCUCAAACAAAAGGCAUCUACAGUACACAGCCUGCAGAAGGCCUACAGUUUUGCUGAAGAGCUGCAUCUUCAUUUGAAACCCAGAAGAAGAGAAUUGACUGAAUUCCUAAUGCCAGCAUUUGUGGUUUGCCGUCUUUUUAAUACCAAGGGCAAAAGACAGAACCUACUGUGUAUACCUCUGUUUUUUUCCUCUUUAUACUGUACAGAAUCUGCAAGGAAGACUUAACAGUAGCAUAUUCAGUAGAGCUAAGGGUCUGGAAAUCCAGUGAAAAUGGACACAGACAUGCACACAAAUUUGCAAAUUGUGCUUUAUAAAGCUUAUUUUAAAACUUCUGCAUGUUGUGAGGGUGACUGCUUCACCUCAUGUUUUGCUUAUUUUAUCAUUGUGUAGUCUGUGGAAAUUGCUCCCUUUGAUCACUGCAGAGGUUUGGGAACGGAUGACAUUAAAAAUGAUCCUUGCAGCUAAAAAUAUUCAGAGAUUUGCUUUAACAACGAUGGGAAUGGAUAUUACUGGAGCUGAUUUGAUCAGCUCUCCAUAGUUUCUAAUUCUGUAUGGUACAGGUUUGACCCAUACUGAGCCUCAGCUUAGUUCUUGUGGGUAUUAAUAAACUGUUCUGGAAAUAGAUUAAGACGCCUAAAAGUUCACCUUUGACAGGGGGUUGGACCAAUACUCUGACUUCAGUUUUCUUCAGUUUAACCUACAAAUUUUAUUCUUCUCCUUGCAACACAAGUAGUUCAGCAGAUGGAUAAAUAUUUGUUCCUCUUCUCCCCCCUGCUUCUCCAGCCCCUAAUUUUACUAUAUGCUUAACAACAGACAAAACAGGUCUAUUUCUUUUCAUUCCAAACACCUGAAAAGUAGUUAGAGGAACAACUUGGGAUUCUGACUUUUUAAAAAAUGAGCUAUUCUAUAGCAUGGUUUUUUUCAACAGCUCUGUAAUGACAUUUCUUAA